GCCCUGCUGAUGUGUACGGGCCCCGCGGCUCGGCAGGGCUCGGCAGGGCUCGGCACGGCUGGGCACGGCGGGCGGCGCGGAGGGCGGCUGGCGCGGUAUCCUGCCCCGCGGGGCCCCGGGCCGGGCUCCGGCAGCCGUCCAUGGCCUCCAAGCUGCUCCGGGCGGUGGUGCUGGGACCCCCCGGCUCCGGCAAGGGGACGGUGUGCGAGAGGAUCGCUCGCAGCUUCGGACUCCAGCACCUCUCCAGCGGGCAAUUCCUGCGGGAGAGCCUCCGCGGCGGCAGCGAAGUUGGCAUCUUGGCAAAGCAGUACCUUGAGCGAGGCCUUCUGGUGCCGGACCACGUCAUCACACGUGUGAUGAUGACGGAGCUGGAGAAGCGGCGAGAGCAGCAUUGGCUGCUUGAUGGUUUCCCUCGGACGCUGGGGCAGGCAGAGGCGCUGGACAGGAUCUGCGAGCUGGACCUGGUGAUCAGCUUGAACAUACCCUUUGAGACACUGAAGGAUCGCCUGAGUGCCCGCUGGGUCCACCCUGCCAGUGGAAGGGUGUACAACAUGGACUUCAAUCCCCCGCAAGUCCACGGCGUUGAUGACCUGACAGGCGAGCCGCUGGUCCAGCGCGAGGAUGACAAACCUGAGGCUGUUGCUGCCAGGCUCAGAAAAUACAAAGAUGCUGCAAAACCAGUAAUAGAGUUGUACAAGAGCAGGGGCAUCCUUUACUCCUUCUCAGGCACAGAGACCAACAAGAUCUGGCCAUAUGUGUACACCCUGCUUUCCAGCAAGAUCCCACCCAUUCUCUCAGAUGAGGAGAACUAAACAGCUUGUGCCAAGGACCAAGAGUUAACGCCACCACGGAUUUGGUUUCUCUGCACGGUGAUGGGGCUGUGCUCAGAGUAGGCAGUUGUGCAAUAUCUGAAGUCUCUUCCCUGCAUGUACUGGGUGACAGCGGUGUAUAUAUGGUUGUAGCCAGUAUCAGGGUGAAAUGAUCUUUGCUUGUAAGUUCAAAUCUGCUAGAAUAAGGGGUUUUCCCCCCUCUUUUGAGGUUAUAAAGUAUUCCUGCCUAUGGUCCAAGUACACACACAGAUUAGUGUUGCAAACCUGGAUAAUGAUCAUACCAUCUUGUCAUGAUGUCUUUGCCACCCCCAUACAAAUCCCAGUCUCUGAACCUACAGUGUGCCCUGCCAUUGCUCCACAGUACCCUUUACUGCAGAGUGCUCUCUAGGAUGGUGGGGUUUUUCCUAUGAAUUAUUUUCUAUUAAAUUUAUUUCUCAGAGCAAUAAAGCUCUGAAAAGCAAGACUUAGCCCAGUGGGAGCUGGUGGGAAACAUGGUAAAUGGGUACACUAUGAAGCUCAGAAAUGUGAAGAACACAUUUUCAGCAUUAAUACACAUAAAAGAGGGAAUACAUUGGAGGUAAAACAUGCAUUUGUUCUUCUUCCAUAGAAACAGAUGAAACCCCUUUUGUAAAAAGCUGCUGUACAGUCUAGUUUGAGAUGCUGUAACACUGAGCAGGAUGAGUUGCACUCCUUUGUGCUUACCUUGUUUAUAGCUUUUAAUACUACAAGAUACAGUCAUGUUAUAAGAGUUUCUCCCAAAGAUUUGUUUUAAUGUGUGCUUCACUUUUGGAGAGAAAUCAAGUCAUUCCAUCUUCUGUGCUGCCUUUGUUGCUGAGAUUCUUUGGAGAUUGGGUGUUCCCUAAGUGGUUCCCGCUGUGGCUGCGGCUUCACUGGCAGAAGUGGCUCCCUCCCCAUGAACCCUUGGAAGGAUGAGAACCUUUCCUUCCCUGGGACACAUGCAGGGGCUGCUGAGAGCUGUGCCCUUGCAUUUCCCUGAGAUUUGCAGCAUCUGAGCAUGUCUCUUGUCUUCUUGUGUGCAGGAGCUUUGUGGCCAGUUGGAGUGGCUUUUCUCAGCUGGAAGUACUGUAACCCUCUUUGGUGGCAGGAUGCAGUACCUAAACAAUGGAGAUGUUCUUUUUGUCUCCUUCAGUUGCCUUAUUUUAUAAGCUAUAUAUUUAAGAAAAAAGCAAGAUAUGUAUUUUUAAAGUUUUACAAAACCAAACCAACGCUGAAUUUUAGCGUCAACUUCUGCGAACUCUGCACUAAAGUGCUUGUGUUCAGAGAAUGUGCUACAGGCUGCCAUGGGUGGCUCAGUGGGGGGCAGAAAAGCUGUCACUCCCUGACACCCGUUUGAUUAAUUAGAGCCGCCUGGGCAAGUUUCUGUUGUUGAAAUGUCACUGUUUUUACUUUACUUGGAGAGCAGCCCUGUGGCAGGGGAGGGGGAGCUGACCGGCUUUUUUUAGGGACGCACGGAUCCCAUGUGUGAAGCUUAAGCACAUCCCUGGGAGUCCACAUCCUCGUGCUGUCAGAGGAGUCCCUGAUGUCUGCACUCUCCAUCGGAGGCAGCUUUGCCCUGGUGCUCUCCUGAUAAUGGAAGCAGAAGCCAUUGGGCAUCUGCCAAGCAGGAUCUCUGCUCGUGUACUGCCAGCUCACUGUCUGCCUACUGGUGAAAGUGAUGGUGCAGCAGCACCUGGGGAAGACUCCACAUCGCACUCUGGAUGGGAAUUUCCUGGGUGGGAGUGAAGGGACCAUUGGGUUUCACUGCUGUCCCCAGGGGCCUUUCCAUACCCCGAGAGCUCCCAGGCUGGGAGGAUGCAAAUCUUCCACCCUGCAGUGAAAUCCUAUUUAAGAAGUAUUUUUGAUUUUCCCAUGACCCUCAGAUGAAGGUCUGGACUGUUUUUAAAGACAAAUCUAGAAAUAGCCAGAAUGUGUGUGCUGUUGUCUUUCUAACGGUGUUGGGCAGGAGGGGAGGAGAUGAUGGGAGGGAGGUUUAGGCAAUAAAAUUAGCCUGGCCACAGUGGGCAGUUCUGCUGGAGCCAUGUGCCAGCAGGGGGACUGCUCCCUGCUUUCCCUUGCCUGACCCUUCCCUGCUGCAAAAUGUGUCCUUCCAGAGAGGCUUGACCCAUGCAGUGCCCAGCAGUGGGACAGGGAUUGCAGAUGUCUUUGCCCCAGGAAAGACAGACAGGCGCUUGUUUUAAAGGCUUUGAGCCCUAUAGUAGAUGUAUAAAUCCCGUGACUAUGCAUGCAUUGAGCCUUCGGGACAGAUUUUUCUAAAAGAGUUGUUGUAUGGUGCAUUUUCAUAGACCAAAUACUGGCAGGGGUGAGGUCUCGGAGCAACACGUGUCCCUCGCCUGUCCUUCCUGCUGCCGCUGCCCUUUGGUACUUUACUGUGAAUCUCACACCUUUUCUAAAGCGACAGCAAUUUUGUACUGACCCAAGAUACUGUGUGGUGGGAGGAGGGUCUCCCCUUGUGUGGGGCACUGCUGGCAUGUCACACCGAGUCUUCUUCCUGGAGUUUCUUCCCGGUGAAUCGCUGCAACUGUGUUACUGCUCAAAAGAUAUAAAUAAAAUCUUUCUCCUGCUUAUCCCUGUGCUGGCAGUGUCUCUGUGUGAAUUAUACCUGAUCUUCGCUGAAAGCUGCGCUCUGCCUAAGCCCCUGCCCUGUGCCGAGGCUGCGGGAUGUGCCUCCAGGUAGCAGGUCAUUUUUAAUCUGGAUUUUCUUUGUAGGAGACAGUGAGGAGGAUGAAGGGGGAAGAAGAGGCGUCAGAGCAUCCCCACUUGAACAAAGGAGAAAAGUCCCAUGGUGAAGGGGAGUCCUACAGGUUUUGGGUGUGGAAACACCACCACCACUGUUUCGGUCCUGCCUUAUGGCCAACUCCUUUAUUUGAUAUAAGCCAAAAUAUCAGUUAAAAAGCCAAUUCUGACAGUGCAGAUGAAGCCAGUUGCUCCUACCCUCCCAUCCUUGUUGCAUGUAAA